AUGCGCCCACGCGUCGCCUAUUCAACCCACGCACCGUCGCCAAGCAACAAGUUCGUCUACAAUGUCGCCGCGUCAUAUAUUGCCAAAGGCCGCGUCUAUGACCCCUCGACCCACGUUUUCCAAUUCAACCCAUACAAUCGCGUGCAACCACCAAAGGGCGGCCGCGGGAAGGCCCCGCGCCCCGAGUCAGGACAGGACGCGUUCUUCGUGAGCCGACUUGGCGCCGUUCCCGGCGAAGUUGCCCUUGGCGUAGCCGACGGCGUGGGCGGGUGGAUGGAUAGCGGCGUCGACCCGGCCGACUUCUCGCACGCCUUCUGCGACUACAUGGCUGCGGCGGCCGUGGCGGCCGCAGCCACAAUGCGAGGGACGGGCCGGCCACUUACGGCGCGCCAGCUUAUGCAGCUGGGCUACGAAGCUGUGUGCCACGACCCCGCCAUUAAAGCAGGCGGUAGUACCGCUGUUGUCGGCCUGCUCACGGCCGAAGGCCUCCUUGAGGUAGCCAACCUGGGCGACAGCGGCUUCAUCCUGCUGCGUCUCAACGGCGUACACGCUUCCAGCGAGCCGCAGACGCACGCCUUCAACACCCCUUACCAGCUCAGCGUGGUGCCGCCGAGCAUGCUCUUGCGGGCGGCAACUUUUGGCGGAGCGCAGCUCAUGGACCAGCCGCGCGACGCCGAGGUGACGCGCCACCGGCUCCGCCACGGCGACGUCAUCGUCUUUGCGAGCGAUGGCCUCUGGGACAACCUUUUCAACCAGGACGUGCUGCGAAUCGUCAGCCGGACAAUGGCCCAGAACGGCGCAUGGGCAAGCACUGAGCGGGGCGUGCAGGUGGCGCCGGAUCUGAGGCCGUAUACUACUCAAGGAGAGAAUACCACGUCAGGGGCUCCUUGCCCUACGCUACAGAGCCUGCUGGCGACAGAGAUCGUCAGCGCGGCUAAGUCCGCCAGUGUCAACAGGAAACUGGACGGCCCUUUUGCGAAGGAAGUCAAGAAGUACUAUCCGCAGGAGAUUUGGCGCGGGGGAAAGGAGGACGACAUUUGCGCUGUCGUUGUGCUCGUGUCCGAAGAAGAGGCGCCCGUGAAGGCUAAGCUCUGA